AUGAUACACACACAUCACCUCAGAUAUCAGCAGCAGCAGGCCCAGAAGGAGACUCAGCAGGUGCAGCAGGCCCAGAAGGAGACUCAGCAGGUGCAGCAGACCCAGAAGGAGACUCAGCAGGUGCAGCAGGCCCAGAAGGAGACUCAGCAGGUGCAGCAGGCCCAGAAGGAGACUCAGCAGGUGCAGCAGGCCCAGAAGGAGACUCAGCAGGUGCAGCAGGCCCAGAAGGAGACUCAGCAGGUGCAGCAGGUUCAGAAGGAGACUCAGCAGGUGCAGCAGACCCAGAAGGAGACUCAGCAGGUGCAGCAGGUUCAGAAGGAGACUCAGCAGGUGCAGCAGACCCAGAAGGAGACUCAGCAGGUGCAGCAGACCCAGAAGGAGACUCAGCAGGUGCAGCAGGCCCAGAAGGAGACUCAGCAGGUGCAGCAGGUUCAGAAGGAGACUCAGCAGGUGCAGCAGACCCAGAAGGAGACUCAGCAGGUGCAGCAGGCCCAGAAGGAGACUCAGCAGGUGCAGCAGGUUCAGAAGGAGACUCAGCAGGUGCAGCAGACCCAGAAGGAGACUCAGCAGGUGCAGCAGGCCCAGAAGGAGACUCAGCAGGUGCAGCAGGCCCAGAAGGAGACUCAGCAGGUGCAGCAGGCCCAGAAGGAGACUCAGCAGGUGCAGCAGGUUCAGAAGGAGACUCAGCAGGUGCAGCAGACCCAGAAGGAGACUCAGCAGGUGCAGCAGGUUCAGAAGGAGACUCAGCAGGUGCAGCAGACCCAGAAGGAGACUCAGCAGGUGCAGCAGACCCAGAAGGAGACUCAGCAGGUGCAGCAGGCCCAGAAGGAGACUCAGCAGGUGCAGCAGGUUCAGAAGGAGACUCAGCAGGUGCAGCAGACCCAGAAGGAGACUCAGCAGGUGCAGCAGGCCCAGAAGGAGACUCAGCAGGUGCAGCAGGUUCAGAAGGAGACUCAGCAGGUGCAGCAGACCCAGAAGGAGACUCAGCAGGUGCAGCAGGCCCAGAAGGAGACUCAGCAGGUGCAGCAGGCCCAGAAGGAGACUCAGCAGGUGCAGCAGGCCCAGAAAGAGAUUCAGCAAAAAUCCCUGCACAAAAGGCCCAUCAACCACUUUUCACUGCAUGUGUCAUCAAAUAUGGAGUCUCACAUUCUCUUCUUCAAAGAUCAUGGAGGUCAUGACUUGGACACCCUCGCCCUGGUGCACUUCCACAGUGGGGGAGGGGGGGGGGUGGGCUUGUCUUUUUGUGAGUGGGAGUGGGCUUGUGCUUCUCCUGGACAACAGCUGCUGUGCAGAGAGGAAGAGGAGGAAGAGGAGGAGGAGGAGGAGGAGGGCUGA